AUGGAGGAUCGCGAUAGCAACAGAACUAGUUCUUUGACAACGACAGAAAUUGGAAUGGAAAGUGUCGCUCCUCGUCACGCUGGCUCAAAUGUGGCAGUUACUACCAGUUUAGAUCCCGUUUUCCCAAUAAACCUUUGGCAGAGAAGAGGUUCAACCGGUGCAACCUCCUAUCAUAGUGGCUCAUCGGCUGCUUCUUCGGGAGAUGAGGAAAGAUCCCACCACCGUAACCAUCAAUCUGUGAAUCUUAGUUCGGAUGCUCAGCUAACAAGCAAAAAAAAGAAAGGGUUACGUUUGAGCUUGAGGACUAAAUCUCACCUGCAAACUCUUAAUAGUGACGGACAGAACAGUGAAGGUAGCAUAAGUCAAAGCUUCGCUCACGAAACAACCCCAAAACGAGACUCUUCUUCGGUUGAUUAUUCUAAUGACCCUCAGAAUCCACCAGAAUCUUCACCAACUUCAUCAAAAUCCCUCUUUUCAUUUUUCUCUUCGAGUAGUAAUCAUAAUAGUAACAACAAUAACAGUAAAAAUAAUCACAACCGCUCAUCCAUCUCAUCAUUAUCUACUUCAAAUUCGCUUGCUCUAGUACAACAACGUCAAACCAAUAAAAAAAUAAUACAUCAACGUAGCAAUACAGCACAUGGCUUUGAAGUCAAAGAGACGCAUACAAUAAACAAGGACUAUGACCCAAUGACCGGAAAUAAAGUGAUAAAUAAGUACAUGUUAAUUCGAGAAGUUGGGAGAGGUGUUCAUGGAAAAGUGAAGUUGGGGAGAGAUACGGAGACGGAUGAGUUGGUUGCAAUAAAAAUAGUAGAUCGUACAUCACGACGGCGUUUAGGACAACGACAAAAUGAGCCAUCAAAUGAACAAAAAAUACGAAAAGAAAUUGCCAUUCUGAAAAAAUGUGUUCAUCCACACGUAGUUAGUCUAAAAGAAGUGAUUGACGACCCGAUGAGCAAAAAGAUAUAUAUGGUUCUCGAGUACAUGGAAGGUGGAGAAAUACAGUGGAAAGAUGAAAAUGAUAAACCGAUCAUGAGUAUUGAAAAGGCAAGACAAAUUUUUAGAGAUGUAGUAUUGGGCUUGGAAUAUCUACACCACCAACGAAUCAUACAUCGAGAUAUAAAACCCGCAAAUUUAUUACUUACCGCUGAUCAUGUGGUAAAAAUAUCUGAUUUCGGUGUAUCACAUUUUAAUCAACGUGUUGCCGCCACACAAGAUAACGGAGCUCAGAAUGCUGCGACGGGCAAUGAUACAGAAUUGGCAAAAACUGCGGGAAGUCCUGCUUUUUUUGCGCCGGAAUUAUGUUUUACGGACGACAUUCCUUUGGAGCUUACAUCCAGUUCAAUUGCAUCCGCCAUAACAAAUCAUGCUCAAGCAUUAUCCUCUUCUGUCGCUGGAUCAUCAUCAUCAACUACGACGAAUAGAUCGGCGAAUCGCCCACCCAUUACCAAAGCUAUUGAUGUUUGGGCACUUGGAGUGACAUUAUAUUGUUUUAUUUUUGGUCAGUGUCCGUUUAUAGCAGACACGGAAUUCGAAUUGUUUUUCAAUGUUAUACCACGAAAGCCGCUCGAGUUUCCUGAGAAUAUACCAACUCCUAACGAUUUGAAAGAUUUACUCGCACGAUUACUUGAGAAAGAUCCAUAUAAGAGAAUUACUUUGGAGGAAGUUAAGAAACAUCCUUGGGUGGUCGCCGAUUUGCCUAAUCCAGAUAAAUGGCGGGAAGAGACAGACCCGAAAAAAUACCAAGCGGUCACUGUUACAGAUGAAGAAGUCAAGGGUGCAUAUACACUUAUUGAUCGUCUGAAAAGGAAAAUCCGAAAGAUUUCGGUAUCUUUGGGUAAUCUAGCAUUAGGCUUUCGUAAACGAUCAAAAUCCAUAUCUGGCCCAUCAACAAAAUCUGAAGAGACUGCGUCAGCACGACGACGAAUAUCCAAAGAUUUAGAAAAUUUCGGAAUCGAUUCCGAUGAUCAACAGCCUUCUCUCUCGUCAUCCUCCUCGCGAUCGACACUUGGGAUCUCACCUGCAACUUCUUCACAAAAUACUGUUGUCGCCGCAUUAGAUCAUUAUGCGCGACCCGGUUCACGAACUUUUGCUUCAAAAAGGAAAAGCAAUAAUUCACAUAGUAGUUUGAAUAAGAGUUGGGUGCUGAAGGAUAAUGGAAGUGGUGGUGGUGGCAAAAACUUUUUGGGUUUGCAUAAUCAAAAUCAUAGCACAUCAUCAGAUAUUAAUGGUGAUGGUCAAAAUAAUAUUACUGAUAGUGAUGAGGAUGAUGGUGGUGUUGUGUUUGUUGCAAAGCCUUUGAGACAUCAUCAUAAUAAUUCUAGUUAUUAA